AUGCUGCAGAAAGGACUAAAGGAGUUUGGAAUUUUGAAAGGUUUUGGAAGCAGUUCCUACCAUACGCUGAACCCAACUUCUAUAGGUCACUAUCUAGGAAUGGACAUUCACGAUUGUUCAAUGAUCAACUACGAUUGUCCUCUGAAGCCAGGUGUUGUAAUAACUAUUGAACCGGGAGUGUACAUCCCAUCUUCUUUUAAUUGCCCAGAGAGGUACCGAGGCAUUGGGAUAUGGAUUGAGGAUGAUGUUCUCAUUACAGAAACAGGCUACGAGGUUUUAACAGCAUCAAUUCCUAAAGAAGUGAAGCAAAUUGAGUCCUUGCUGAACAACUUCAGCCAUAGCCAAAAUAAUUUGAGAGCUACAUUCAACUAA